AUGGGGGUUUCAAACUGGUCGGAGCUAUGUCCGGACUUGCUGCGAUGUGUUUUCAAACGAUUGAGUUUCACAUCUCUUGAUCGAGCUAAAGCGGUUUGUUCUUCGUGGCACUCUGCUUCGAGAGGCUGCGUCCCUAAACAAAAUCAGAUUCCAUGGCUGAUUCUCUUCCCUCCCAACGAGGAAGCCAACAGCAACAGUAGUUGUGGGUUCUAUGUUCCCGAGGAUGAAGACAAAGUUUACCGAAGUAGAGACCUUGGUGUUGACUUUGCCCGGAGUCGUUGUCUGACGACUUGUGGUAGCUGGCUCUUGUUGUUGAAUCCUCUCAUGGAUCUCUACAUUCUCAAUCCUUUCUCAGGUGAGAGGAUUGAUCUACCCGAUACUCAAUCUUUAAGAUUAAGGUACUUAAAAUACGUCCGAGCUUGUCUUCGGAUAGACAACAAAACCAAAUGUUACCUAGUUGUAAUGUUACACUCUUGUGUGUUUGCCAAGAAAGGAGAUAACAAGUGGCACGACCUUCCUCUCUUGACAUUUAAUAAAGAUUUUGUCUACAAUCACAAGGAUCAAAUGCUCUACCUUCAAGAUCUCAGUAAUCCAUAUCUUGUCAACAUUUGGGAUUUAUCAGGAGACCAUCCACGCAAAGAUGGGGCUGUGUCUCUUGGCUAUUUUCGCUUCAAUCAUUAUGAUUUUCCCUCUUUUCUUAGUGAAGAAGAUCAUGAACUCUAUUGGGAAAAGUUACGUGGCUCCAUGAACCGCAUUGUAAUCACAGUGUCCGGAGAAUUUUUGAUGGUAUCAAGUAUAGUACAACACUGCAAAUCGUGGUAUUUUCGCAUCUACAAGACAAACCAUGUGGGUGGCAAGUGGGUGAAAAUCAAUUCUUUAGGCGAUGAAGCAUUGAUCUAUGACAUGGGCAUCACUGUUAUCGCCAAUGACAUCCCAGGGAUCAAAAGGAACUCUAUAUAUUUCAGUAGUCUCGAUCAUGAUAAAAAGGAUACUCACCACAUCUUUGUCUAUGAUAUCACCACCCAAAAGAUGGAACCUUUGCCACAAUGCGUCUUCUCUUUCUUACCAUUCUCCAAUGCGCGUUGGUUCUUCCCAUGCUAG